AUGUCGAAGAUCGAAGCAGUCUCCUUCACCGACCGCUACGACAAAGAUGGCCACAGCUCGCCGCUCGACAGCUACCACGACCACGACGUCUUCGGCCGCGAAGAAGGCCACGAUAUCAAAUACAAAACGCUCUCAUGGCAGAUUGUCUCCGUCCUGAUGAUCGCGGAGAUCGUCUCCAACGGCAUGCUCUCGCUCCCUUCCUCGCUCGCGACCGUCGGCAUGGCACCAGGCCUCAUCCUCAUCAUCUUCCUAGGCGUCUUUGCCGCGUAUACGUCCGUGCUCCUGGUGCGGUUCAAGCUGCGGCAUCCGGAAGUGCACAACAUGGGCGACGCGGGCAGGAUCAUGUUUGGACCCCUCGGACGGGAGAUUUUCUCGCUGGGCACGUUGGCUUUUGCGGUUUGUUUGGCGGGAGGGCAGAUGCUGUCGGGGCAGAUUGCUCUGUCUGCUCUGAGCGACAAGGGACUGUGCAAUGUUUCCUUCACGGGCAUUUUCGCCGCCGCGACGUUCCUGUUGGCUCUGCCGAGGACUUUCGAUGGACUCGGGUGGAUUUCCGUGGCUAGUGUUCUGAGCAUCAUCAUUGCGGGCGUUGUUGGGAUGGUGGGAGCGGGACUACACCCCGUGGAGCCGAGAUCGGUGGUCGCGGCUCUUCCGAGCGAUUUCUACACGGCCUUCUUCUCCAUCACCAACCCCGUGUUUGCCUACUGUGGACAUUUCAUGUAAGCUGAGCCAGGGACGGAACAAUAGCCUGCACGUGAACUAAUGAAGACCACCAGGUUCUUCGCCCUCAUGUCGGAGAUGAAACGCCCCCAAGACGCCAUCAAAGCCGCCUACACCCUCCAAGGCGUCGCCACGACCUACUACGCCCUCUUCGCGGGCGUGACGUACGGCUUCCUCGGCAGCGCCGUCCUCUCCCCCUCCUUCUCCUCCCUCGCCCCCGUCUGGUCCAAAGCAGCCUACGGCAUCGCCCUCCCCAACCUCCUCAUCGCCGGCUCCCUCUACAUCCACACCGCGAGCAAAGUCCUCUUCAUCCGCUUGUUCCGGCACUCCCGCCACCUCCACUCCCACACGCUCCUCGGCUGGACCGUCUGGAUCGCCCUCAUCGCCCUCACAAGCGGUAUUGCUUUCGUCCUCGCCGUCGGCGUUCCGAUUUUCAAUUACCUCAUCGGUAUCAUCGCUUCGCUCUUCGCCGCUUGGUUUACGUACGGUAUUGCCGGCAUGUUCUGGUUGCAUGACGCUUACCAUGACGGCGAGGGGUUUCGCGCUUGGAAACGUAGGGGUUUCGGCACUGGGAUGGCUGUUGUGACUAUCGUUGUCGGUUUGUUCAUCUGCGUCGCGGGCAUGUAUGUGACUAUACGUGCGAUUGUGGAUGCGUAUGCGGACGGCACCAUCACGGCUCCGUUUAGUUGCUAG